AUGGCUGCCGCCGGGGCCAGACCUGUGGAGCUGGGCUUCGCCGAUCCGGCGUGGCGACUGCGCAGCGAGCAGUUCCCCAGCAAGGUGGGCGGGCGGCCGGCGUGGCUGAGCGCGGCCGGGCUGCCGAGGCCCCGGGCCCUGGCCUGCGAGCUGUGCGGCCGCCCGCUCUCCUUCCUGCUGCAGGUAUACGCGCCGCUGCCCGGCCGCACGGACGCCUUCCACCGCUGCAUCUUCCUCUUCUGCUGCCGCGAGCAGCCGUGCUGUGCCGGCCUGCGAGUUUUUAGGAAUCAACCAACCAGGAAAAACGAUUUUUACUCAUAUGAGCCACCUUCUGAGAAUCCUCCCCCAGAAACAGGAGAAUCAGUGUGUCUCCAGCUGAAGUCUGGUGCUCAUCUCUGCAGGGUUUGUGGCUGUUUAGGCCCCAAAACGUGCUCCAGAUGCCACAAAGCAUAUUACUGCAGCAAGAAGCAUCAGACCCUAGACUGGAGACUGGGACAUAAGCAGGCUUGUGCACAACCAGAUCAUCUGGACCAUAUAAUUCCAGACCACAACUUCCUUUUUCCAGAAUUUGAAAUUGUAAUAGAAACAGAAGAUGAGAUUAUGCCUGAGGUUGUGGAAAAGGAAGAUUACUCAGAGAUUAUAGGGAGCACGGGUGAAGCACUUGAGGAAGAACUGGAUUCUAUGGCAAAACAUGAAUCCAGGGAAGAUAAAAUUUUUCAGAAGUUUAAAACUCCCCUUGAACCAGAACAGAUUCUUAGAUAUGGCAGAGGUAUUGCCCCCAUCUGGAUUUCUGGUGAAAAUAUUCCUCAAGAAAAGGAUAUUCCAGAUUGCCCCUGUGGUGUCAAGAGACUAUUGGAAUUCCAGGUCGUGCCUCAGCUCCCAAACUACCUGAAGGCUGACAGACUGGGCAAGAGCAUUGACUGGGGCAUCCUGGCUGUCUUCAUCUGUGCUGAGAGCUGCAGCUUGGGUACUGGCUAUACAGAAGAAUUUGUGUGGAAGCAGGGUGUAACAGAUACACCAUAAAGGCAUCUUAAAGCCUUGAAAAAUGUUAAUAAUCUUUUAUACCUUGCAAUUCCAUUUCUGGGAUUUUAUCCUAAGGAAAUACUUAUACCAAAAAUAGAGGUGCAGAGAUGUUGAGGGAUUGCUUACACAGUGUCUACUUAUUAGUGAAACAAAAGUGUCCAGUGACAGGGAAUUAAAUAAAUUUUGGUACAUCCACA